CCCUAUUCUUACUCACUCUGGAGUUGUGCGCUCGUGUUGUUGUUGUUUCUACUGUCUUUCUCUUCGACCUAUCUCUCUCUCUCUCUCUCUCCUAGUAUUUUUCAGCUAACCUUUUUCAUUUGCAGACUCUCCAAACCCUAACCCUAACCCUAAUUUCCAACCUUCUCACACAGCCUCUCAGAAUAUGGGAGAGACCAGGGAGAACGAUGGUUACGAAGAAGAGCUUGUUGAUUACGAUGAUGAAGAAGCCAAUGCCCCGGCCUCCGUCGCAGCCAAAGUCAACGGCGAAACAGUCAAGAAGGGCUAUGUUGGAAUUCACAGUUCAGGAUUCAGAGACUUUCUUUUGAAGCCAGAGCUUCUUCGAGCUAUUGUGGACUCGGGAUUUGAGCAUCCUUCUGAAGUGCAACAUGAAUGUAUCCCUCAAGCUAUUCUGGGUAUGGAUGUCAUUUGUCAAGCUAAGUCUGGAAUGGGAAAAACUGCUGUUUUUGUUCUUUCAACAUUGCAGCAGAUUGAACCUGUUGCCGGCCAAGUUUCUGCAAUUGUUCUGUGUCAUACAAGGGAGUUAGCAUACCAGAUUUGUCAUGAGUUUGAGAGAUUCAGCACAUACUUGCCUGAUCUAAAGGUUGCUGUCUUCUACGGUGGUGUCAACAUCAAAGUUCACAAGGAUUUGCUGAAAAACGAAUGCCCUCAUAUUGUUGUUGGAACGCCUGGAAGAAUAUUGGCACUGGCAAGAGAGAAGGACCUUUCUUUGAAGAAUGUGAGGCAUUUUAUUCUGGAUGAAUGUGACAAGAUGCUUGAAUCACUUGACAUGAGGAGAGAUGUGCAGGAGAUCUUCAAGAUGACUCCUCAUGAUAAACAAGUAAUGAUGUUUUCUGCAACACUCAGCAAAGAAAUCCGCCCAGUUUGCAAGAGAUUUAUGCAAGAACCAAUGGAAAUUUAUGUUGACGACGAGGCCAAGUUGACCCUGCAUGGUCUUGUUCAGCACUACAUCAAAUUGAGUGAGUCAGAGAAAAACCGCAAGUUGAAUGACCUCCUCGAUGCACUGGACUUCAAUCAAGUUGUUAUCUUUGUCAAAAGUGUUAAUAGAGCGGCUGAACUGAACAAGCUACUGAAGGAGUGCAAUUUUCCCUCCAUAUGCAUCCAUUCUGGGAUGUCCCAGGAGGAAAGGUUGACGCGCUACAAAGGUUUUAAGGAAGGGCAGUCAAGGAUUCUUGUAGCCACCGAUUUGGUUGGUAGGGGGAUAGACAUUGAACGCGUUAACAUUGUCAUCAAUUAUGACAUGCCAGAUUCGGCAGACACUUAUCUGCACAGGGUUGGUAGAGCUGGUAGGUUCGGCACCAAAGGGCUUGCAAUUACGUUUGUUUCAUCUGCUUCUGAUUCGGAGGUUCUCAAUAAUGUUCAGAUGAGGUUUGAGGUGGAUAUAAAAGAACUUCCUGAACAGAUUGAUACCUCUACAUACAUGCCAUCAUAGGUUGACAUAUCCACGUUGGAACCAUCACUUGGAUAAAAUUGGCGGGCGUGCUGCAGACCCUUUGUGUUAUGUUUCAAACUGAUGUGAAACAAUUGACUUGGUGUACUCUGCAUCGGAGUUACUGUAGCCUUUAAAAACUGUUGCUGGUCGCAUAGCAUGUGAGGAUUUAGAGUUUAUGCUAUUAGGGCUUUGCACUAGUUGCUUUUUGUUUGCUGCGUUGAUUUGAAGUAUUUUGUAUUAAUCAGGGCUUCAUUUUAAUCAUUUAUAGCUGGAGCUUAGAAUAAAACUUGAUAUCUUAGGAUUACGAAAAUUGUUAGCCCCACUAUGACGAUUGCAUUUAGUACUUGUCAUCGGCCACCCUCUGCUCGUUUAAAAGCUGCAUGUAAUCAGAUACAUCUGUAUAAUUGCAGGAUCCUUUUUGAGUGCUCUCAAGGCUUUUGUUAGGUAAGAAGGAAAGGAUACACACAGAAUGAAAACGAGAGACUGAUUUUCUGUUUUGAGUGUUUGGUAGGAGUAGAAAUGCUGAUAGAAUAUGUUCUCUUUUCUUUACCUUUUGGGAAGAUUGAAGAUGUGGGGUUGAAUAGAAAUCAAUCAUUUAUAUUUAUUUUCA